CCCGCAGCGCCAUUUUGCCCCGCUGGUGGAAGGUGACCAUUUCUAUGGAGGACGCCCACUUGCUGAUCUGGUUGUCAUGACCCUGUGGAGAGGAGUGGGGUUGGUUUGCGGCCUUCGGGCCCAGGGACGGCCUUGGUUGCUGGGCAGCGGAGGUUUAAGGCGAUGCUCGUCCUCCUCCAAGCGGGAGCAGCAGGAGUCCAGGCCUCCUGAGCUCUACGAUGUGGUCAUCUCGGGCGGUGGAAUGGUUGGCACCGCCAUGGCCUGCGCCCUAGCUUAUGAUGAGAAUCUAUCAGAGAAAAAGAUCCUGUUAUUGGAGGCUGGAAAUAAGAAAACAGAUGGAAAGCUGCCAGAAUUGCACAGUAACCGAGUGAGCGCACUCACUCCAGGCACUGCAGCCUUCCUAAGCCGUUUUGGGGCUUGGGAUCAUAUAUGCAACAUGAGGUACAAGCCAUUCAAGAGAAUGCAGGUUUGGGAUGAAUGCUCAGAUGCGUUGAUUACAUUUGAUAAUGCUGACCUGUUGGAGGACAUGGGCUUCAUCGUUGAGAAUGAUGUAAUAUUGUCAGCUUUGUCUAAACAGCUGGCUGCUGCUGCUGACAGGGUGCAUGUGUUAUACAGGAGUAAAGUGGUGAACUACACAUGGCCAGAGCCCUGCCCAUCACCUGAUGCCAAUCCAUGGGUGCAAAUUGAGCUGGCUGAUGGGAGUAAACUACAGACGAUGUUAUUGAUUGGAGCAGAUGGUCCAAACUCAAUGGUGCGGCAGUCUACGGGUAUUCAGACUGUGCAGUGGAAAUACGAUCAGUCUGCUGUGGUUGCUACCCUUCGUCUUGCUGAACCUACUGACAACAAUGUGGCUUGGCAGAGAUUUCUGGUGACUGGGCCAAUCGCAAUGCUUCCGCUCUCCGAUAAUCUUAGUUCAUUGGUGUGGUCAACUUCCCACCAGCAUGCAUCUGACUUGCUCAAUAUGGAUGAGGAGACAUUUGUGGAUGCCAUCAAUUCAGCUUUUUGGAGCAAUGAGAAUCACUCUGAAUUCAUUAACACUGCAGGCUCCAUGUUAAGGACAGCUUUUAUGUUCCUGAUGCCAUCGGGCACAUCAGUACGUCAGCUGCCACCAAGUGUGGCUCACAUUGAUCCAAAAAGCAGGGCAAUGUUUCCACUUGGACUGGGACACGCCACAAAGUAUGUUGGACCACGAGUUGCCCUCAUCGGUGAUGCUGCUCACAGAGUUCACCCACUAGCAGGUCAGGGAGUCAAUCUGGGCUUUGGUGAUGUAGCCAGUCUCUCGCAACAUCUCAGCGAGGCGGCCUUCAAUGGCAGAGACCUAGGGUCCACCAAGCACCUGAAUACAUUUGAAACUGAACGUCAGAGACAUAAUCUCCCUGUCAUGGCUGCAAUAGACAUGCUGAAAAGGCUGUAUUCAACCAAAAGUAUACCAGUGGUCUUGCUGAGGAGUCUUGGUCUGCAGGCAACAAAUGCCUUUGUACCUGUUAAGGAACAAAUCAUAGCAUAUGUCAGUAGGUGAAUUGUAUUCUGCAACUUUCCUGGAUUUCUUCAGUCUCUAGAGGAUGCUGCAAGUUCUGGCUGCUGGGAAGUUUUUGCUUUGGACUCCUGUUUGAUCUAAAGGACUGAUUUGUGAUUUAUUGCAUUUGAAUUGAAUAGGUGGUAAAUAUUGAUUUGUACUAUCUCAAAAAAAAUUUCUUGGCAGCCUGUAUCCAAUGUACAGUCUGUCACCGAGCAGCAAACAUCACUGGCGGUGAAUGGUGUGAGCGCUGCAAAAACAUUUAGAAUGAUCCAAACAUCCAAUCACUGUUGAAGCUUGCUUGUGGUUUGUGACAAUCCAGUGCAUUUAGAUCUUAAAGAAAAGCACAAAUUCAUUGAGUCGUAAAUGGAUUUAAAAAAAUUAAGAAGUUGAUAAUCAAUUGAAUGCUUAAUUGUCCUAGUAUCGAGUAGUCUUGCUUUGGCCUAAAAUGUACUGUCACAUCACUACCACUUGCUUAUGGGAAGAGAGCAUAUCAUACUCGUUCUGUCUGAACAGUAUGGAAGGACUUCAAGAUGAUUGUGCAAGUUGGACUACUACCUGGCUUAUGGAAAUCCCAGAGCCUGUUGCAUCUUAUGCAGCCCAGGCCAAUGCAAAUCUCAAGGUGAGGGAGAGAAAGCAAACUGAUUUGAGACAUACCAUAAGAGGGUGAAUAUACAAUAAAGCUUACAAAUGAUUUUUCUUUAAAUUAAAUAUAAUAGCCUUGUUUUGUGAUUUGUGAUCUUACUAAUUUUGGUGUAAAUCUAUCAGAAGUGACAAAUCUUCUGAAGCGAGCCGUCACAAAAUAGCAGAGUUUCUAAACAACAAGAUUGCAAAUUAAACAAGGCCUCCAAUGUUACCUAGGUAAACUCAGAUUACUGGUGGUUAGGUAUCACUUGGGCCAAGUCCAUCGGUGGAUUUGUCUAGAUUGAAUUUCCACAUUUUCUUACAAUUUAUGUUGGAGCAGGAUGCAUUUGGUUUGAGUUCAACUUCUGAUUUUCCCCCAAGUGCUAUGAUUUUAAAAUUCAACUCAGUACCUCCUUGAAUGCUGUGAAUUGCAGGGGCUAAACAGAUGAAAAUCUUAUUUUCUAGUCUUGUCUGUGUUGAUGUUUUUGUCAACUUAUCUCAAUGCCUGUAAGUAAAUUACCUGGACAACGCCUUAAUAGUUACUAUUUUGAAAAGUUAUUGCACUCCAAAGGCACAUUAAAUAUAAAUCACAAUAUAAUUUUAUUACUGUAUCUGUUGCUAAUUUAAUGGCCUGCUUUUUGUUGAUGUUUUAUGGAUCACUUCUGAAGACAUUUCCCUGCCAAAUCAAGAAGUUUUUUUCCUCCACCUUUUACCCCAUUAAAUAAUGUUGGAACCAACAGGUUUUGAUUGCUUUUGGUGUUGCUCUUCAGUGACAAUCUGUAUUAGUGAAUGUGAUUUGUUGCAGGUUCAGUUUUUUCUUUGUUUUGCCCUAUUUCAAUCCAGUAAAUUUAUUAUGUCCUAUGUAUUAA